CAAUUCAACCUCAAUAUAAUCCUUACCAGCAGCCACCACUACAGACUCAUCUCAACCAGCAUCUGUUGGCUUCCUCUUUUCUUCACCACCACAACAACCAGUUAACUCAGCAGUCUAAAAGUCCAUCCUCAAGCUCUCACCAUGUUAGAAGGCAAGGCAGUCAUCGGUGAGACGGACAUGCUUCAAACCAUGCAGCAGAACGCACUUAGCCUUGCUGGUAAGGCACUUGAUACCUUUGAUGUCACCGACUCCACUGAAAUUGCUCGCUUUAUCAAAAAGGAAUUUGAUGAAUCGUAUGGACCAGGGUGGCAAUGCAUCGUGGGGAGGGAUUUUGGUUCCUUUGUAACCCAUUGUCAUGGUUGUUUCAUCCACUUCUGUAUAGGCAGCCUCGCUAUCUUACUCUUCAGGGGAACAGCAGAUCGUGAAAUGGAAGUUAACCAGUUUGUCCCAUUGGAGCCACUGUCUCAAGAUAUCAUUCAAUGGGGAAACUAGUGGUGGAAUUCAGCUUGUAUUAUGGUACAGCUGAACGAAUAGCAGUGGUGUUUUCAACAGUGGUGCAAAUCAUCCUCUUCUUGAUGAUGGUUCAUAUUAGCAGAUCAAUAAUUCUUCAAAAUAUCUCGAAUCACAGUAAACCAGAAACACAAAUAGAUACUCAUCUAUACCAGCAUUUCUGUCAAAUUCAAAAAUCCUUCAUUCUUGUUCAUGAUGAUCUUCAUACAAGAGAAAAUCAAUAUAAAAAGUUUCAAAAAAAUUUGGCUCCUAAACUCCAGUCAAUCAAUACCAGAAUUAAUUGCAUGAAUUUAGGUUGCAUGCAGUAUUCUGUUUUACUUCCUUUUUCAACAAGUUACCCCGGAUAUUCUCAAUUCGUUCGAAAAAUAAGCCUCAAAAAAGGAAAGAUGAAUAUUUUUGAACUAGAGCGGCAUUCCAAAAUUUAUUUUAUAUCUUCUCAAAGAAAUUUAAAAGAUAUUAUACUUGAUUCUAGGGAUCUCAGUACGAGUCUAAAGGAAAGUCCUUUAAGGAUAAAUACUACAUAUACCUAUUGUUAUAUUAUUCUAUUCUCAUCUUUGAAUACUAGAUUUAGAAUCUGCUGGUCCCGAAAUCAAAAGAAUCAUAUGAUGUCUUCUUCACGAAGCAAUAGCAUCAAUCUUCUUUCAGGGCAACUGAGAAGAGCCAACAUUGAGAUUCCAGGCAACCGACGAACAGUGGGUUCUACCCAAGCAAUCACUUCAGCUGCAGGAGAAUGGAGUUUUGGUAUCCUAGGAAAACUUGUGGAAAAUAAAAAGAUGCAGAUGAAAAUUAUAAGAGAAGAAAUCAACUCAUUAUGGAGGAAAUAUCGCAACAAAGAUAUUAGAAUUAUGAGUCAUAAUCUUAUGCUGGUCAAGCUAAAUAAUGAAGAAGAAAGAGACGAGGUCAUUUCAGUUAUCCAUGGCCGAUAGAUGUUGUUUUAUAUGUGCUACAGAAAUAUUAUUCUAAUAUCCCAUUGAAAGAUUAUAUUUUUACUCA